UGAACUUUGCUUCUUGCAUUUUGUUUCUUUCAGGGUGUGUGGUGAGUGUGGAAGAUCCAGAAAAGAAGUACACUGGAUGGGAACAUCUUGGCAGUGGGGGCUUUGGAGCUGUUUAUAAGGCCUUCGACACUGCCACAGGACAAGCGGUGGCUGUAAAGGAACUUUAUCUCCAGCACCAGGGCUGUGAGGGAAUAUUAAAAGAAAUCCUGCUCAUGAGAGAAAAUAAGAACGCCAAUAUUGUCAGCUACUUAGAAAGCUACCUUGUGGAUGAGGCUGUCCUGCUGGUGUUGGAAUAUAUGGAUGGAGGCUCCUUAGCUGAUGUGGUCACCGUGAGAAGGAUGGCUGUAGGACACAUAGCAACAGUGUGUCGGGAGUGCCUGCAAGGCCUGGCUUUCCUUCAUGCCAACCAGGUGAUCCAUAGAGAUAUCAAAAGUGACAACAUCCUUCUGGGCCGGGAUGGCUCCGUCAAGUUGGCCAGGACAGCAUUGCUGGAGGCCACAGAGUCACUACUGAUGUGCAUUUUUCAGGAGCUGGAAGGGCAGCGUUUGGAGGCACAGCAGCUGCUGGCACAAGGGGCAAACUUCCUGGACGAGGUAGAGAAGAAGCAGGAGGAAAGGCUGCUUGAGAUGAAGCAGGAAGUUGCCACCAUGCAAGCUGAAUGA